AUGGGGAACUCUAGUAGCUCGAACAAGAUCUCUGCCCAGGACAAGGCGAUCCUGGAUAUGAAGAACCAGCGUGAUAAGCUACGACAGUACCAGAAGCGGAUAACCGUUCUUACCGACCGCGAAAAGGAGAUCGCGAAGGAGUGUCUAGCUAAGGGGCAGACGGAUAAGGCGAAGCUGGCGCUGCGGCGGAAGAAGUACCAAGAAUCGCUGUUAUCGAAGACGGACUCGCAACUGGCGCAACUGGAGAUACUCACCAGCGACGUCGAGUUCGCGCUGGUGCAGAAGGAUGUCCUGUACGGGCUGCAGCAAGGCACCGCCGUAUUGAAGGAGAUUCAUCGCGAGAUGGGGGGCAUCGAGAACGUGGAGAAGCUGCUUGCCGAUAACGAGGAGGCAAGAGCAUACCAAGAGGUUGUCUCGCACUUUGAUCACGAAGACGAGGUGGAAGACGAGCUCGAAGCUCUCGAAGCCGAGGUCAACGGCGUCCCAGAGCUGCCCACCGCACCUAUCGCGCAACCACAAUUCACAGCAGAGGAGAAGGCCCAGAUGGCGAAGGACAGGGCUGCGAGAAGAGCACGUGAGAGAGCUGCUGAGCAGGCAUCGCAGCCCAUGUUGGCAUGA